GAACCCCUGGAUACUGAACCCGGCCCUUGUUGCUGCCAGCUCAGAGGGGCAGAAGGGUUACACAUGAGAAUGAUGCUUCACAAAUCAAUUAAUGCCAACAAAUAGGUUCUUACCAGACCCUACUGCGAUCUUGUCGGGUCCUCUUGGCUGAAACACAAGCAGAACGUUUCAGGUAACUGCAAUCAGGUGGGAUGUUCAGCCUCAUUCUGAGCUCUCCAGGGACAAACUCUGGUGAGCCUGGCCAUUGCAGCUCACCCUGUCUAGACAUGGCACUGCAAGUUAAUGGGGUUAUAACUGAAGAAUAUUAGAAUUAGCACAAUCUAGUUGAUGGGCCAGACUUUAAAAAAAGAGCCAGAUUCUUGGAGAGAAAUGCCAAGAGCUUCCAGCCAACGAAUGACGAACUGCAUUGGCUGCUGACGAUGCACUUAAAGGUCUCUUGGCAUUUUCAUGAUAAACUGUCGGCUCCUCUCCCGCAGGGAUUCUCAGCAGUGUGCCCCCUGAUGGAAUGUUCCAUUCUCUGGGGGUAGGGGUGGGAAUCACUGACCUCCAAGAAAAAGUCUGCAGCCAUCUCUUGCUUGGGUCAGCAGCCUGCCAGGGAAUCACCUCCACUCGGGGAAGUCAGCCACACAGGAACGUUGGAACCAUGAUGAAGCCUCUGCUGAUCCCCUUCACAUACAUCUGUCUUCAAACCUGGCUGGGAAUCCCUCAGGCAAAAUGUCAGGUGGAGCUGAGCAUGAUGGAUGACGCUUUUGAUGACCAAUAUAUAGGAUGUGCUGAAGAAAUGGAUGGAAUUGCACCUGAACUGCUAGAGAAAGAAAAGUCCAUGUCCUCAGUGUUUAGCAGGGUGUGGGAAAACUCAAGGGAAAAAUGGCAAAGUAUAAAAACUGAGCUUUCUCUCCCCAAAGACUUUAAAGAUGAGCAUGGAAGAGCCAUAAUAGCCUAUACUGACAAUGACUUUCACAGUGAGUUGAAUGCGGCAGUGAGAGAGGCUGGGACAUCUCGAGCUCAAUACAUGGCCAGUUUCCAGUUCAAAGCCUUUCAUUAUUACUUGACAAGGGCUUUACAGCUCUUACGAGGGAGCUGUGAUGUGAUGUACAAAAGGACGGUGUACCGGGGGGUUUCUGUCAGUUUUCAGCACACGGGAUCAGGUCACAUUAGGUUUGGAUACUUUGCCUCUUCGUCUUUUGAUAUAGAAGUAGCUGAGAGAUUUGGCACAGCCACAUUGUUCACCAUCCACACGUGCUCUGGUGUUGAGAUCAGGAACUUCUCACGAUUUCAGGAGGAAGAAGAAGUGUUAAUCCCAGUCCAUGAGAUAUUCAGUGUGGCACGAGGACAAGAGAGUAACAGCUUUGUCCUCCGGAGCACAAACCGGACCUGCAGCCAUUUUAACUGCGCGUACCUGGGUGGAAAGAAAACUCAAACAUGCAUUUUCAACUCUGCUACCAGAAGAGGCCUAGCCUUCCCCAGUGAGCUGAGCCCUUCACUGCUUGGAGGAUCUGUCAUCCUGGUCCACGUUGCUGCUCUGAAGCUGUUUGUCAGUUUCUAAAUUGUCCUAUUUGUGUUGCUCACUUUUUCUCUCUAACACAAAUCAUGGUGAUGGGAUUUGCUGGAUGCAAAGUUGUCCUGCUAUUCUGCCAGCAUUCCAAAGGGAAACCAGGAACAUGGAGGGAGUGUCACUGGUACCUGCUUGGGCAAACUUUGAUUGUACGAAAUCAAUGAGUAGAUCAAAAUGGAAGCUCAUAGUUCUAUUCCAGGUGGGAUUUGUCUUACAGCGCUAGAGCUAUAAAUGGGUGCACAUUAGAUAACAGUUACUUGUAUUCCAGUCAAGCUAGAAUUUUUUUACCAACUUUUGAUGACUUCAGCAAAAGACUUUUUAAAAAAUGAACUAAAUCAGAGUAUUUUCAUGAAUACAGUAGAUGCGUUUAAUCUGCGUCUCGGCCAGGUGAAUCUGUAACAGUGUGUGAUGGAGUAGGGGCUGUCUGCAUGGGAGAUGGGAGA